AUGUUUGAAAUCGUCAUUGAUGAUGCAUUUGGCCCGGCAAUGCUAUUGUAUGCGUUGCUUGGCCACAUCUCAUGCAGAACCGAGUUUGGUGUUUGUUCUGAAGCCUUUUUGACCUCCAUUGACGUAGUAGGCACCUGCAGUUUGACACUCACAGCCAUGGCCGAGCAGAUUGUCAUUCAUAGGGACGACAUUGUGAUGGAAGGAUUCAUGGUGAAGCAGUCGAAGUUCAUGAAGGAGUGGAGGCAACGUUGGUUUGUUCUCACGCCGCAGUACCUUUGCAGCUUCAAGAAUCAAGGUGAAUACAGGAACCCAACUGAGUUCAUUCGACUCGGGGACUGCCAAACUGUGAAGAGUGCCGAGGACAUCUCCGGCAAGGAGAACUCGAUUUGUGUUCAAACUCCGGAACGUGCAUUUCUUUUGAUUGCACGGACUCCAGAAGAGAAGGAACAGUGGAUUUCCCGAAUUGGACGACAGAUGGUUCGCCGCGCUGUGCUUGUGGAUGAUGAAUUCGAGUGA